AUGGGGAGAGGGCUCCACAGCAUGGUAUUCAGAGCGGAAGCCAUGCUGCUACGACUGUGGUUGACGUUUUCAGCAGACGAGGUGACGUCAACCAGGAGGGCUGCGAUCAUGCAGCAUUUUCGCGACACAUACGCGCACAUAUCUCAUAUCAAGAUGCACCUGGAAGGGAGAUAUGGAAUGGAAUUCGGAGUGGAGGACACGACGGACAAGAGCCUCAGGGACCUCAGGGUGGCCCAAAACAAAUGGCUGUACAACAGAAUGCACGUAAAAUCAACUCAUAAGGUUCUGUAUGCCAAGCGUGAGGACCCCAAGCUGGACAUCGAGGCGUCGUCAUUGUACCUGACGUGUGGAAUACUCACCCCGGAAGAAGAAGCGAAGGUAGCAGAAGUCCAGGACAGGAAUCUGCAAUGGAUGACUUCGUCCAACAAAUGCUCAAGAUGCAACAACGGCAAGAACGUGGACCACCUCGCGACGAAGUGCCCGAAACUACUACACCUUGAAUAUACGAAGAAGCACAACGAGGUAGCAAAACGGGUCCACUCAGUACUCGGGAGGCAAAUAGGACUACCCAAGGAGAAGAUAGACGCCCACAAGAUCGAGAGUGAAGUGCACGGAAAAUACGGAUGGAUCGCGUACGACAAGACGGUCAAGACUCAGAAGACUAAGGAAUACAACAGGCCAGACAUCAUCCUGGCGGAUCGGCGGAGGAACACCAUAACCAUCGUGGAGAUAGGAAUCACCAAUCAAGACAACCUAGUGGAUACGGAGAAGUUCAAGAAGCAGAAGUAUGAAGACCUUAUCGAGGACCUCAAGGCGCGACAGUUUAACCAGCAAACCAAGAUCAGGGUUAUCCCCUACGUUAUGACGUGGGAGGGAAUAGUGACAAAGGAGCACAGCAAGUACAGACGGGACCUGGGCAUAUCGGAUCGCAUGGAAGCCCACAUACAAAGGGUAGUGAUCCAAGAAACACAUAAAAUAGUGAUGAGGGAUAUGAAGCCGAAAGAAGACUACGAUUCCGUAGAAGACCCUCAAGCCCAAACUGUAUGGAUGCCCGCAUGGAUGGCACCAGUGACGUCCGGCAAUGGACCGGCGUGGAUCCCGCAACCGGUUUCAGCGUGA